ACAGGAGCGGUUCGCUUGGACAUCGGGGGGAAACUGCUAACCUCGGUUCCGAGAAAGAUGGAGCUAAAACACGUCCGUUCGUAAAUAAACUAUUCGGACAUUUGAAUUUUUUUUGCCGUAUCGGGGAAACACCGCAUGUCGUGUCCCUGUGUUUCUGUUUUCAGAAUUCACUGCUUUGCUAGCUAGCUUAGCUGCUACCACAGACAACAGAUACAGGUAGAAGAGUAGGAGUGGGCGACAAAGGAAGGUGGCGAGGUAAACGAUGAAUCGCUUUCGGAAGUGGCUGUACAAGCCGAAGAGGACAGACUCUCAGCUCCUGGCCCAGUUCUACUAUGCUGAUGAGGAGCUGAACCAGGUUGCGACAGAGCUGGACAGUCUAGAUGGCCGGAAGGACCCCCAGAGAUGCACCCUGCUGGUCAACCAGUUCCGUUCCUGUCAGGACAAUGUUUUGAAUAUUAUCAAUCAGAUCAUGGAUGAAUGUAUCCCUGACGACCGCGCCAACAGAGACUUCUGCGUCAAGUUCCCGGAGGAGAUUCGUCAUGACAACCUUGCCGGGCAGCUGUGGUUUGGGGCUGAGUGUUUGGCCGCUGGCUCCAUCAUCAUGAAUAGGGAGAUAGAGAGCAUGGCCAUGAGACCUCUGGCUAAGGACCUGACACGUAGCCUGGAGGAGGUGCGCAACAUCACCAGAGACCAGGCGCUGAGAGACCUCAACUUCUACACGGACCGCAUGAAAGAUGCCUUGCGCCACUUUGACAGCCUUUUUGCUGAAUUUGAGCUCAGUUAUGUGUCAGCCAUGGUGCCUGUGAAGUCUCCCAAAGAAUACUACGUUCAGCAAGAGGUGAUUGUGCUCUUUUGUGAGACUGUGGAGAGGGCCCUGAAGCUGGGCUAUCUCACGCAAGACAUGAUUGAUGACUAUGAACCCGCACUGAUGUUUACAAUUCCCAGACUAGCUAUUGUGUGCGGUCUGGUUGUGUACUCGGAAGGUCCUCUCAACCUUGAUCGAAAGUCAGAGGAUAUGUCAGAGCUCUUCCGACCCUUCCGCACUUUACUGAAGAAAAUCAGAGACCUCUUGCAGACCCUGACUGAAGAGGAGUUGUUGAUGUUGGAGAGAAGCCUUUGUAUUUCUCAGGACGGAGACAUGCCCCCAGUUCCAGGACUAGCCACAAGCACUGUACCCACACCAGCACCGGUGCCAGAGCACCGUGCAUCUGGCAGCCCCACCAGUGACUCUCCGACGAAGGAUCAUGAGGGGGAGCAGGAGCAGCUUGCACUCUUUGUAUCUCCCAGCCAGGGGGAGGAGUUGAAGGAAGUGGAAAAGACCUGGGAAGAGGUAGAGACAGAGAGGGGGGAGGAGGAGGAGGUGGAGGAGGAGGGCCUGUUAUGUGAGGAGGCGGAGGAAGCUGAACUGGCCUGCUCUAUGCAGUACGAUGAGGAGGAGCUGGAGCAGCUCAAUAUGAUGGUGCAUCGUGUGGGAGACGAGAUGUCCACUCUGCUCUCCCCUCCCAGCCAAGGUAACUCCCCAGCCCACCUCCCUCCUAGAGGAGAGGCAGGAGGCUCCAGUGAAGCAUCCAGUACUGAGGCCUCCCCCCGCAGGCUCCUGGGUCGGAGGGGCAGGACAGGUAUCUACGUAGAGGAGGAGGACAGGGUCUUCUUCAUGGAGGACUUGGACCCAGCAGGUGACGGCAUUGCUGGCAUCGCAAAACAGGCUUGUAGCCAUCUGGGCUCACUUUCCAAAACCUCAGAAUCUGCUUGUCCUGUGCAGCACACACCAGGCUCUCUGUCAGACUCAGCCAGGAACGGAUGGCCUUCUGAGGCAGAGGAGCAAUGCCCACAACCAUGUGGCCAAAACCCACCAUGUCCCGAUGCCAAACGCCUUCCAUGCACCACUGCCCCAGGUUCAGAACCUCUGCCUUACACCAACGGCUGGGAAGUGGGUUUGGAGGGAACCACCUCUGAGACCGCCGAGGUCAUUGCCCACCGCAUGGGUGGGAUGAAGUUGUCUGCCACAGUCAUCUUCAACCCUCGCUCCCCCAGCCUAACUGAGUUAGCUGUUGACAAGCUGCUGCUGCCAAGACCCACUUCCUCUGAGACUGAGCCCUGUGGCCCCCUGGUGGCCACUCACUGCCUACUCAACUCCUGCGUGUGCUGUGGCAGUUGUGAGGACAGUCAGGAUGAUGCUGUCACCACAGAGAGCACUGGGCUGGGGCUGGGCCUCGCCCUGGGAUUGGAUAAACACUGCAAGGCCCCACCUCCCAGUGCCAUCAUCCAAUCCUCUACUUGCCAUCUUGCCCUCCCAGGUCAGGAGGUUCACAGUAAAGGCGAGCCCUCCAAGCUGACUGCUCUUUCCUCCCGCUGCUCCUCAGAACCACUGCUGGAAGAGGAGGGGACCCAGCUCUGUGAGAAAUGCCUGGGGGUAGCCCCAGGGCCUGCGCACCAUUCUCAUGACAGCAGCUCCAGUGGAGAAGGUGAAACUCCUGUUUGCCAGCACCAGUUUGAGACUGGGAGGAGGCAGCAUGCGAAUGGAGGCCAAGAGAGGGACAAGGAGAGGAAUAGUGAUAAGACAGGAAAUAAAGACUUAGAGAGGGACACCAGGGAUGAUGGCAGAAAGAGCUCCAGUUUUCAGAACUCUCCACUCAGCUCUGUUUCAAGUAGUGACUGUGAGAGUGUGUCUGUCACCACAUGUAGUCUGUCAAGCAGUGCUUAUACUCCCAGCCCUGUAAGCAGUCUGACCACCAGCUCAGGGGGGAUGUCAGAGGAUCUGGACCAUCAGGAGAUCCAGCGAGCCUUGCAAGCUGCCAAGAUUGCCGCCAGGAACAAGAUCCGAUCCCGCUUCCACAGCAGUAGUGACCUCAUCCAUCGUCUCUUUGUUUGCAUAUCGGGUGUUGCUGACCAGCUGCAGACGAAUUAUGCGAGUGAUCUUCGCAGUAUCCUCAAGACGCUGUUUGAAGUCAUGGCAACCAAAUCUGAACAGGGGGACAACGACAAGCAGAAGAAAGCAGCACCUGGUCUGCGUAGUGCUGUGCUGGAGGACUGCGCCCUUUGUCAGGAGACCAUUUCCUCCUCCGAACUGGCAGCCAAAGCUCGGGAGGGACAGUUUGAGGACCCUCCAGACUGGGUGCCUGAUGAAGCUUGUAGUUCCUGCAUCGCCUGCAAGGCCCCGUUCACAGUUAUCCGCAGGAAGCAUCACUGUAGAAGCUGUGGAAAGAUCUUCUGCUCUCGCUGCUCAUCCCACUCUGCUCCAUUGCCCCGCUACGGCCAAGUGAAGCCAGUCAGAGUGUGCACACACUGCUACAUGUUUCACGUCACGCCCUUCUACAGUGACAAGACCAGCAUCUGACCCCAGACAAGCACCAAAAGCACACGAUCCGCCUCAGCAUGAGCAGAUUGCAAAGUACAGAUUCAAGCUGUGUAUGUACAAAGCAAAACGUCAAACUGCUCCGUUAGCCCUCGAUACGGCCGUCCUCGUUGCCCUGUUUAGCAAGGCCUGGGGAAUGAGGCCAUGGUGGAUGAGAGACAGGAGAAGACGGUUUGCACAGGCACACGAAUCACUAGACCCUUCCUGUUGUUGAUGCUGCUGCCUAAAAGGGAACUGAAGGGUCUGAUAUUUGUGGGUCCUUCCCCAACCCUACCAUGCCACAUCCCUCUCCCCCUGCUCACAAAUAAUUCACUCAUGCCUGUCUGCUUACAGCGGCAGAAAAUGAGGGCGACAACUAACACGCAAUAACAAAUUUUGAACCGGCGUUUUGCAACAGUCUUCAACAGCAGUGUGCAGCACAAAAUAGGGAGAGCAGGCCACACUGAUGGAUCAUUUGCUUAGUUGCCUCUGGCAUAUACGAAGGGCCAUGCAACGUUUUUUGCUAAGCUUUAGCGGGCUUCCAACAUUUGUGCCAGAGCUCCCACGGGACUCAGAUUACUCAAAAGAAUGUAAGUCAUGAUAACUAUGUAAAUAAGGAUUAUUCCGUCAAUAAUAACCACACUUCACUGUUGACACUUAAGGGUGGAAACUGUACGGGAGUAGAAAACUUAAAGCAAAAACAACAUACAGUUUUUAUCAUGAGUUUCUUUUAUGCUUUUACUGGCAAUGAAUGUGUAAUACUGUAUCAUUUCAUGAAAUGGGUUGUUGAUUCUACCAAGAUUGACAGAUAGCCUUUUAACAAUGAUUAUGGGCUGUGCCCGUCGCUUUAACAAUAGCACCAUGGCAUGUUUUAGUAAUUUUCUCUGGCGACUUCUCUGCAUAGUGACAUGGAUAUAAGGGAUUCUGUUAGUUGUCACUUUCAGUUCUUGGAGGCCCCCUACUGGAGAGUUGAGCUCUCUUUCCUCCAUGUUCACUGAUCAGCAUCAUAACAUGCACAGUAUGGUUGGAACCUGAGGCCUUCUCAAGUGCUGCCCUAAAGACUUAAGGCCAACUAUAGCUUGUCGUUUUUCUCUUUCUCCUAAUUGUGGGUGUGCAAUACUGGGACUACUAAUUACAACAGUCCAGCACAUUUUAGUGGAAACAAACCUGUGGUAUUUAAAUUGUAGAUAAAGGCCAACGACUCCUGAAAAGCAAACCUGUGCUGAUUUGUGUUUACAACAAAAAAAAAUCCAUCUUUGUGGUUCUGGUGGUACUUCAGUCUGGAAGGACUACUUUGUUCCCCUAACUGAAUUUGUUUGCACCCAACUACCUUUGUCAUUGACUCUGCUUCCACUUUAAUGAACUCAUUCAAAGUAUCUUCCAUCUCUCCUUCAGCCACUAUGUUACAAUUGGUCCAUCUGAAUGAGCUGAAAUGACCAACCUGCAAAUAUGGACCUUCAAGCUUCAAGGGUAUAAUAUUACAAUAUGUCCAUUCUGCUCUGACUCAAAGCAAUUUCUCAGGCAUUACAUUGUUCAUGUCACUUACUACUAUUACAAUACUUUUAUUUUCAUUAAAGAACAUAACGCUCUUGAAAAGGUAUGAUUUUUUUUCUUUUAUAAAGAACAAAGAAAUGAUGUAUGAAGCUAUAACUACUUUUCUGUAAAGAAGGAAUCAUGCGGUAAUUAUCGGGCAGGAUAUCCUGUUAUUUCAGAGCUUGGUCUUAUUUUGUAAAAGAGCUAGUACAUUUCAAUGAUAAGCGCUGUGUAACAUACUUGAAAAACAAAUAAUGUUAUCUAGUUUUAAAUGCUAUGUAUAUCAAAAUAAAUUAACUUCCUG